UACCCGCUGCACGGAUUUCUGCACGCUAGUUGCGGUGGUAGUGUGCGGUUUAGGACACAGCCCUGAUGCAGCUGAGGGAAGGGGGCUUGUGUUUAUGCAGGUUAUAACCGUGCCGCUGGAGUACACUAGUGUUUAGUUUCCUGGUCGGAGAUCAGGUGUGUGUGUGUGUGUGUGUGUGUUUUCAGGUGGUGUUAGAUGUCUCCUGCAGCGAUGCGUGUGCUGAGCUCUGUUCUACUCUCCCCGCGCCUCCGCGCCUCAGUCCUCCGCCUGAACCGGGCUGCUUCAUCGGGGAGCACGCAGAUAACAGACCCGCUGAACUUUUGGGGCGGCAACAGGGUCAGUCUCGGGGGUGAGAUCGGAUCAGAGCCGGUGUACGAACCCGCGACAGGUCUUGUCUUAUGCCAGCUGCACCCUUGUCGAGCGGCGCAGGUGGAUGAGGCCGUAAACAGCGCCCGCUCGGCUUUCACACACUGGAGUAAGAUGGCUGGAAUGGAGCGAGCCGGGAUCAUGCUGGAGGCAGCACGACUCAUUCAGGUACACUGAGAAAAGAAGAGAGAGAUUGCCGAGGUGGAGGUGGUCAACAACGGCAAGUCGAUCACUGAGGCACGGCUGGACGUGGACUCCGCUCGGCUGUGUAUCGAGUAUUUUGCAGGUCUCGCCACAACUAUGGCAGGGCAGCAUGUACAGCUAGCUGGAGGAUCGUUUGCAUACACACGCCGGGAGCCACUGGGAGUGUGUGUGGGAAUUGGAGCCUGGAACUACCCGUUCCAGAUCGCAGCUUGGAAGUCGGCUCCAGCUCUUGCCUGUGGGAACUCGAUGGUGUUCAAACCAUCCCCAUUGACCCCAGUGAGUGCAGUGCUGCUGGCUGAGAUUUACACGCAGGCUGGUGUUCCUGACGGUUUGUUUAACGUGGCGCAGGGCGCUCAGGAGACAGGCGCACUGCUGUGUCAGCAUCCCGCUGUGGCCAAGGUCUCAUUCACCGGGAGUGUGCAAACUGGCAAGAAGAUAAUGGAAAUGGCAUCCAAAGGUGUGAAGCCAGUGACCCUGGAGCUCGGUGGCAAAUCUCCACUGAUCAUCUUUGAGGAUUGUAACCUCGAGAACGCAGUUAGAGGAGCACUUAUGGCCAACUUUCUGUCUCAGGGACAGGUGUGCAGUAACGGGACGCGGGUUUUCGUGCACAGGCCGAUUCUCACACAAUUUUUGGAGGAGGUGGUGAGGAGAACCAAAGCUAUCCAAAUCGGGGAUCCCUUUCUGGAAGAGACACGUAUGGGUGCGCUGGUUAGCCGAGAGCACCUACACAAAGUGUUGGGAUAUGUGGAGCAGGCCAAAAGAGAGGGGGCUCGAGUGCUGUGUGGAGGAGAGCCGUUCACACCGGCAGACCCUAAACUAAAACACGGAUAUUAUAUGACUCCUUGUGUGCUUGACAACUGCACAGACUACAUGACAUGUGUCAGAGAGGAAAUCUUCGGGCCUGUGAUGUCGGUGCUGACUUUCGACACUGAGGACGAAGUUCUUCACAGGGCAAAUGACACCACCAUGGGCUUGGCUGCUGGAGUUUUCACCAAAGACAUUCAGAGAGCACACAGAGUGAUCGAGAACCUGCAGGCCGGCUCCUGCUUCAUCAACAACUACAACAUCACGCCUGUGGAAGUGCCGUUUGGAGGCUAUAAAACUUCAGGUAUAGGAAGAGAAAAUGGCCAGGUAACCAUGGAGUACUACUCUCAGCUCAAGUCUGUGGUGGUUGAAAUGGGAGAUGUGGACAGUCUCUUUUAAACCCAAGACAAACACUGUAUGUCCUUUGUACGAACAUUCUGCACUCUAGGUCUUACUGAAACUCAGUAAAAGCCUAAAGGUACAUCAUUUGGGUCAUAAAGACAAGCUGCUAGAAAUAAGAAGGUCAUAACUUGCUAAUUAACUGCCAUGAAUGAGGAGCAGUCAUAUAAUCAGGUAAUAGCUGGUGAUUUGACUUCUAGGAUUUAAACUGUGCAUAAAUAAGGAAUUAUUUCAUUAAUUUAAUCACUGGAAAUAGAGCCUUAUUUUCUGGCGAUAAACAGACUUGAUAUUUAUAUUCUAUAAAGUGCCUUAUCAUGAGGAGGGGUGGGGUGAUCCGGGGGAUUGGGGGGUCCUGGUAUCAUUCACUGAUCACCACAAUAGUUUUGUUUACUAUCUGCUUAUAACUUAAGCGGAACGGCAUUUUCUGAGCUCCUGAAUCCCCCGAAUCUCCUGAAUCUCCAGAUAUUAGACUGUUAUACAAGGGAAUCUUUACGCAAUUUUUUUCCUUACGUGUACUGUUAUCACAAAUAAAUAAACAUGACCUUUUCCUUUC